AUGAGUUGUGCGGAGGUGAUGUAUCACCCCCAGCCGUAUGGAGCGCCCCAGUAUCUGCCCAACCCUGUGGCAGCUGCAACCUGCCCCACAGCCUGCUACCAUCCAGCGCCCCAACCUGGCCAGCAGAAGAAGUUAGCGGUAUACAGCAAGAUGCAGGACUCUCUGGAAGUCACCCUUCCCAGCAAACAAGAGGAGGAGGAGGAGGAGGAUGAGGAGGAGGAGGAUUUGGAGAAAGACCAGCCUGCCGAGAUGGAGUACCUUAACUCUCGCUGUGUCCUUUUCACUUAUUUCCAGGGAGACAUUGGGUCAGUAGUGGAUGAACACUUCUCAAGAGCUUUGGGCCAAGCCAGCACCCUCCAUCCAGAAUCUGCCAUUUCAAAAAGCAAGAUGGGGCUAACCCCCCUAUGGCGAGACAGCUCAGCUCUCUCGAGCCAGCGGAGUAGUUUUCCUACUUCCUUUUGGACCAGCUCUUAUCAGCCCCCACCUGCACCCUGCUUGGGGGGAGUUCAUCCUGACUUCCAGGUCCCUGCACCCCCUGGCACCUUUCCCGCAGCAGACCCCAGCACCUGGCCAGGACACGGCCUGCAUCAGACUGGCCCAGCCCCUCCCCCUCCUGUGACCGAGUCCUGGCACUAUCCUUUGGCAUCUCAGGUGAGCCCAUCCUACAGCCACAUGCACGAGGUGUACCUGCGGCACCACCACCCCCAUGCCCACAUACACCACCGCCACCACCACCACCACCACCCUCCUGCUGGCUCUGCCCUGGAUCCGUCCUACGGGCCCCUGCUGAUGCCAUCAGUGCGUGCAGCCAGGAUUCCUGCUCCCCAGUGUGACAUCACAAAGACAGAUCCGACUACAGCCACCACUGCUACCUCAGCGUGGGCCGGAGCCAUUCAUGGAACAGUGGACAUAGUGCCAAGUGCGGGGUUUGAUACAGGCAUCAGAGGCUACAAAGACAAAUCUAGUCAGUGA